CGCUAUCAGUCACCACCAAAAUAAUAUACUAAAUUCGAUUAGUCGCCAGGUUGACCAGUGCAUAAAUCUGCAGAAAAAAAUAGAGAUUACACUACUAAAGCCUCCAGAAUGGUCAGACUCGAAGAGAUUGUUGAUGAGGCAGAAAUGAAUGCUGCCACUGCAGUUGAAAAGGAGAAUGUAAUCUACGAAGAAGAAACGGAUUCCGACGAUGAGUCUGAUUUGGAAGGUUUGGAGGACGAAACGAUUUUGGAUCGUAUCGUUGCGUUGAAAGAAAUUGUUCCCGUUACCUGGAGACUCAAACUUGCUGAUGGUCUAAGCUACACAGCCGAAAAGGCCUCCACCGUGAUGAAAUUCGCCGGCAAAUCAAUGUGGGUUCUGUCUACUACGGCUUUGCUUCUGGGUGUUCCCUUUAUGAUGUCUGUUGAGGACGAGGCACAAUUGUCCGAAUACGAGAAACAAAUUAGAGACCAACGCGGCGCCAACGAGGUAAUUGCUCCAGGCGGUGUUAGUGGUGCUCUGCCUCAAUAA